UGUGAGCUUGAAUGUUGGUGAUCUGACAGCUCCCCCUCCUCACUGGAGCUCCGAGCAUUGGCGCGCUCUGGCGCAUCAUUUUGCGAUUCUGCAGCGGCGCCAGGCUCUACGCACAGAAGUAUGGCGGGUGUAAACGCUUCGGGACCCGGCUCGGUUUCGGCCGCUGGCCCCGUUCAACAGGGACUUAAGGAGGCGCUCAUAGAAACGUUGACGGCGAUCCUCUCGCCGGUGCAAGAAGUACGCGCUGCCGCGGAGGAGCAGAUCAAAGUACUCGAAGUAACUGAGGAGUUUGGGGUUCACCUGGCGGAACUCACCGUUGACCCCCAGGGAGCCCUCGCCAUUCGACAGCUGGCCUCUGUCAUUCUGAAGCAGUAUGUGGAGACACACUGGUGCUCCCAGUCGGAGAAAUUCAGGCACCCAGAGACCUCUGAGCGGGCGAAGGUGGCGAUCAGGCAGCUGCUCCCGGGCGGUCUGCGGGAGUCCAUCAGUAAGGUGCGGUCCAGCGUGGCGUACGCGGUGUCGGCCAUCGCGCACUGGGACUGGCCCGAGGCCUGGCCCGAGCUCUUCACCCUGCUGAUGGAGAUGCUGGUCAGCGGCGACGUCAACGCCGUGCACGGCGCCAUGAGGGUGCUCACCGAGUUCACCCGUGAGGUGACGGACACACAGAUGCCCCUUGUCGCCCCGGUGAUUCUGCCUGAGAUGUACAAGAUCUUCACCAUGGCCGAGGUUUACAGCAUUCGCACCCGCUCCAGAGCAGUGGAGAUCUUCACCACCUGUGCCAACCUCAUCUCUGCCAUCGAGGAGCUGGAGAAGGGGGCGGCCAAAGCCCUGAUAUUCCCGGUAGUGCAGCAGUUCACCGAAGCCUUCGUCCAGGCUCUGCAGAUGCCUGACGGGCCGUCGUCCGACAGCGGCCUCAAAAUGGAGGUCCUCAAGGCGGUGACGGCCCUGGUGAAGAACUUCCCCAAGACCAUGGUGACCUCCAUGCAGCAGAUCCUGCCCAUCGUCUGGAACACCCUGACCGAGAGCGCGGCCUUCUAUGUCCGAACCGAAGUCAACUACACCGAGGAGGUGGACGACCCCAUUGACUCUGAUGGUGAGGUUCUUGGCUUUGAGAACCUGGUGUUCAGCAUCUUUGAGUUCGUCCACACCCUGCUGGAGAACACCAGGUUCAAGAGCACGGUGAAGAAAGCUCUGCCUGAACUCAUCUACUACGUCAUCCUCUACAUGCAGAUCACCGAGGAGCAGAUCAAGGUGUGGACGGCCAACCCUCAGCAGUUUGUGGAGGACGAAGACGACGACACCUUCUCCUACACCGUGCGCAUCUCUGCGCAGGACCUGCUGCUGGCAGUGGCCGCGGAGUUCCAGAACGAGAGCGCGGCAGCGUUAGCGGCGGCCGCUACCAAACACCUGCAGGAGGCGGAGCAAGCGAAGAACGGCGGGAACGAGCACUGGUGGAAGAUCCACGAGGCCUGCAUGCUGGCGCUGGGCUCGGUGAAGAGCAUCAUCACGGAGAACGUGAAGAGCGGACGCGUGCAGUUCGACAUGCACGGCUUCCUGGCCAACGUCAUCCUCUCCGACCUCAACCUGGCCGCGGCCUCCCCGUUCCUGCUGGGCCGCGCCCUCUGGGCGGCCAGCCGCUUCACCGCCGCCAUGUCCCCCGAGCUGAUCCAGCAGUUCCUCCAGGCCACCGUCAGCGGCCUGCACGACAGCCAGCCGCCCUCUGUGCGCAUCUCUGCUGUACGCGCCAUCUGGGGGUACUGCGACCAGCUGAAGAUGUCGGACAGCACCCACGUGCUGCAGCCCUUCCUGCCCAGCGUGCUGGACGGCCUGGUUCAGCUGGCGGCCCAGUUCAGCUCCGAGGUCCUGACCCUGGUGAUGGAGACGCUCUGCAUCGUGUGCACGGUGGACCCGGCCUUCACCACCGGGGCCGAGAGCAAGAUCUGCCCCCUCACCAUCGCCAUCUUCCUCAAGUACAGCAACGACCCGGUGGUGGCGUCUCUGGCCCAGGACAUCUUUAAGGAGCUGGCCCAGAUCGAGGCCUGCCAGGGCCCCAUGCAGAUGCGGCUCAUCCCCACCCUGGUCAGCAUCAUGCAGGCUCCCAUCGACAAGAUCCCCGCAGGCCUGUGUGCUACAGCCAUUGACAUUCUGACCACGGUGGUUCGGCACACUAAGCCUCCGCUCUCUGAGAUGCUGAUCUGCCAGGCCUUCCCCGUGGUGGCGCACUGCACCCUGCACACCGACGACAACGCCACCAUGCAGAACGGCGGGGAGUGCCUCCGGGCCUACGUGUCGGUGGCGCUGGAGCAGGUGGGCCAGUGGCGGGACGAGCAGGGCCGGGGCGGGCUCUGGUACGUCAUGCAGGUGGUGAACCAGCUGCUGGACCCGCGCACGUCCGAGUUCACCGCCGCCUUCGUGGGCCGCCUGGUCUCCACGCUCAUCGCCCAUGCCGGCACCCAGCUGGGGGACAACCUGGACCAGAUCCUCCGCGCCAUCCUCAGCAAGAUGCAGCAGGCCGAGACCCUCAGCGUCAUGCAGUCUCUGAUCAUGGUGUUUGCCCACCUGGUGCACUCCCAGCUGGAUCCGCUGCUGGAGUUCCUCUGCAGCCUGCCCGGGCCCACGGGGAAGCCCGCCCUGGAGUUCGUCAUGACCGAGUGGAUGAGCCGCCAGCACCUGUUCUACGGCCAGUACGAGGGCAAAGUCAGCACGGUGGCCCUGUGCAAGCUGCUCCAGCACGGACUCAACACCAACGAUAAGCGGCUUCAGGACAUCGUGGUGAAGGGCGAGGAGAUCUUCAACGCCAACGAGGGGAUCCGCACGCGCUCCAAAAGUGCCAAGAACCCUGAGCGCUGGACGAACAUCCCCCUGCUGGUGAAGAUCUUUAAGCUCAUCAUCAACGAGCUGUCCUCAGUGGUGGAGGCCAACGCCGCCAGAACGGCGGCCGCCGACUGGAGUCAGGAUUCAAAUGAUAUGUGGGACGAACAGGAAGACGAUGAAGAGGACGACGAUGAGGACGAAGGCUCAGCUGGGCAGCUGCUUUCAGACCUCAUCGCUUCUAACAAAUAUGAUGACGAUUACUAUGAAGAUGAUGAUGAGGAUGACCCAGAUGCCUUGAAGGAUCCAAUUUAUCAGAUAGAUCUCCAGGCCUACCUCACUGACUUCCUGACGCAGUUUUCCCAGCAGCCAUGCUACUCCAUGUUCUCCGGCCACCUGAACGAGGCUGAGCGUCGGGUCCUGCAGUCCAUCGGCAUCUAACCUGCGCCCACCCGCCCAAACCUCCCCACCCCCCCACUCCGCCCCUGACCCAACCCCAAAUCUCCACGCAGACCCGCUCGCUUGCUCUGCCUGCGGCGUUCACGUCGCACCCCGAAACUUUGGGGAGUUGUGUUGGGAGCACCGCCCCGGCCACACCCGCCUACUCCCCCUUCCUCCCCCGAGUCAGGGGAACUCUGGGAAAUGUAGUCUUUUUAAUGUGCGGACCAUCAGCUCAAACUCAUUUCUGCAUCCAUUGGGGGAAACUACUCAUCUGGAGAUCAGAAUGGGGGGGGGGGCUAUAUUCGGAAAG